AUGUCCAAUAAGAGAGGUCUUCACAAGUGGCGUUUCGUCAUGCCUGAGUCUUCUAUGGCAUCCAUUCCGAAGCGAACACCUCGCUCUCCUUCAUCACAUUCGUCGACACCGGCCUCGGCUGAACUCGAGGAACCUCGAGUUGAAGCGCGCACUAUCUCUUGGUCCAGUACCAUGACGCGAUACGCAGUGCAAAUCGUCACUCUGCUCAGCUUCAUUUCCGGUUGUGUCUAUCACGUUAGCAAAAACCUCAACAGUUACUUCCCCAGUGUACAUUUCCAUAUCCCGCCCCGUAUUCUUCUCUAUAUGUGUUAUCUUUCGCACAUCUUGUGUACAAUGCGCAUGUUUCUCCUACUCGAUGGCUCACCGGCGUGCGAUGGGGACUGUUUUCUUCAGCCUCUUACAGCGUCUCUUUCUAUGGAUCGAGUUCAGCAGCAGCGGCAGCGACUGACGGAGAAUGCACUAGACUACGCGUUAGCUCUUCGUGGUGGGGCCGUCUUGAUGGAUCUUACCUCUGACACUGCGGGAAUCACACCCCUUUCGCAGUGGCAGCGCUGGCUAAGUUAUGUGUCAACCUUCCCCGAUUACGCAGAUAAAGCACCUCCCUUGGCUGUCCUUGAGCAAGAGGUCCACGUAGGCUAUUGUUGGGCUUUCUUAGGGCCACGUGGACAUAUUGCUUUCGCUCUCUCGGAACCAAUCGUCGUCACUGAUUUUACCAUAUUCUACGCAAAUCCCGAUGAACUCACGACUAAGGAGCUCCAACAAGCUCCCAAGAUAAUUCAACUCUGGGCGUUGUCUGCACCAAAGUCUCCUCAGGAUGUAGUGCAACAAAAACUGGUUCCAUGGAAACACUUCGCCCAGACAAAUCGGAAGCCCUUACAACUCGGUUUUUCCAAUUCGUUCGAGCUUUUAGCCAAUGUCUCAUUCACUCUGCAACAAGGUACUAAGCAGACUUUCUCAGUUGAAUCACCAACAGAAAGCUUGACGACAGUGGUGGUCAUAGAAGUCUUAGAUAAUUGGGGAUCUGAGACUACCUGUCUAUACCGAAUUGCAAUUCAUGGCCAGAUACCCUCUGUCGAUAUCACCCAAUCACCCAGGCCAGUUUCUGCCAGCUCCUUAGUUGUUCAUUUCUGCAGCUCUAUGCCUGCAGGCAUUCAGCAUAUUCCCCCACCCGCUGUAUCCUCUCGCAAACCCGAAAUGCCCUUUCGAGACCAGAAGAUCGUUCAUCCACCCAAGGAAUCAUGUUACAAGUAUCUAUCAACUUUACUCUGGGCAGACUCUGGCAUUCCAGAAAGCAGUACCAAAUCUCGUGUAGAGAUUCAAGUCCGUGUCACGGUCGACUUGGCCGACCCAAGUUCAUCUAUAGACCCUCAUAUAUACGAUCGUGUUGGUUCGUGGAAAUGGCUUAAGCUCCCUCCGGGUACCGUACCCGCAAGCAGGGCAAAAUUGACUCAUGAAGCAAACCGUGUUACGAAGAUCGCUGCACGUGUGAGGCCUGCCCGCAAUUCAGAUGUCGACGAAGAAUAUCCUGAUGAUGCCAACAACUCUGGACCUGCGAGAAAGAGUUUUGCUUUUUUGGAAGAUACAAGCAGCAUCAUUCAGUUCAAUUACGCCGAAGUGUUUGGUGCCAACCUGGAGGCACGAAAGACUGAUGUCGGCGGGAAAAAGAGGGUCAAACCGUAUGACUCGUCUGCAAAACCAAACAGGAGCUCUUAUGAAACCAGCGUUGUAUCAAAUGCUCCUUCGCCCACUGCUUCAGAGCCACUAUCCAUCACCACCGCUCCCUCUUCUCCUUCGUAUCCACCACUGACUUCGGCUGAACCGCUCUCUGCAACUGAACUUCCUUCUCUGCAAUUUUCGACGCAAGAAUCAGAGUCCUCACCCGACGUCUCGACAACACCUCUCGAUAUCGAUAUACCCAUGUUGCCUGAAGUUCAACUCAGAGGUGGGGCGAUACAGUGUGUAUCCCGCCUCCGCGGGCCACCGCUGGGAUCGUCUCAGUUUGGUUUGAUGGUUUUCCAAAGGUGGAAGAACAGCCUCCCUCGUUCUUUACCUAUUCCGACGAAUCAGAUAGUCGUUGGCCUCAAGAUGACCGGCAAUUGCAAGAUAGAGGAUGCCAAAAAAGUCGCGAUGCGGAUUGUCGGUGCCGGAGAGGGCACGGACUCCCAAAACUCUAACGAACAGAGCGCCAGUAACGGUAAUUGCGAGGAUUUCGAAAGCCUCAUUGCCGACUUCUUGAAAUCGAUCGAUACUCCCGUCGAUCAUCCAUCCGCUCAAGUCGUAUCUGCGUCGAAAGCACUAUCGCAUAUGACGAAAAGCGGACAAUCCUAUGUGGAAUUCCUCGUCAAGCAUGGGAUCAACAUGGAUUUGAGGGAUCGUAAUGGGUAUACCGCUCUGCAUUUCGCUUCCAUGGCUGGCUCGAGGGACUGUCUCGCGAAGCUUCUCAAGGCAGGAGCGGAUAGGGAGAUUGUGAAUGCGCUUGGGAAGACAGCUGAGGAAGUUGUCGCGAAAGGAAUGGGUAAGCCUGUCUUUGAGGAGAUUCUUGAGGAGAUGUCGGAUACUCCAGAGGGUGUUGUUUCGGAUGACGGAGAGGCGGAGUGGGGUGAUGUAGAGGAGGAGGUAGAAGUGAAACCAGUUGUGAACUCGAGUCGGCGGGCGAAGAUGGAUAGACGUGCACGUCGGUCAAGAGCUGCUUCGCGAAAAGCCUCCCGCGAGGAGCUUAGGAUCCAUCAUACAUCCAAAACUCCCAGUAUGACACCGUUAGCGACUGCUGUUCCUGUCGAUGGAAAGAAGGAGAAAGAGGCUGCCGCAGUAGAAGUAGACGAUGAGAAGCAGGCGCUAUCGUUCAUCGAUAUGCUCCAACGUACCAUGGCUCAAUUACCUGGUGCCCCUCAAUUACGCUUGCCCCACUUCGCCCUCCUCCCCGGUGUGCCUGCAAUGACUUGGGAAGCGCUACACCAGUUGAAUCAGUUCCAAUGCCCGAUGGUGUUCCCUGUAGCUGUGCCUCUCCUACCUGGAUGGUUGAGCGGUGAACAUCGUCAGGAUCAGGAUGCAGCAGACGUAGCGGACGACAAUGCUGGAAAACUCGCAGGACCAAUCGAGGCUGCACAGGAAUGGAGAGCGUUGUGGGAGAAGUGGCUGGCUCAUGUUCCAUGGCAAGCCACAGAGAUGCCGCCACCGCCUCAGUACACACCUCGAGCAGCCCCAACGGAAGAAGAAUUGAUUUCGACUCCCUCACAACUUGUGAGGUGGGCAUCUUCUAGGGCUUCCGAUUCGGAAUCAGUAGCAGCUCCCCUAUCAGCCACCGACCAGGAGGCCAAGGCUCACGCAUAUCAACCCAAGCUACAGCAGAAGAAACAUGAUCGAAUGCUUUUACUUCUGCACUUUGGGUUACCGGAGACGCCGACCACGGUUAUUUUUGGGCGUGCUCGGAAUGCGGAAGCGAAGAAGGAAAAGGAUUUGAGACCCAAGUUCUCAGAACUCGGGGGAGUGGAUAUCGAGUUUGGUGACUCGUUGAACGGUGGUGGCAUCAGCCGAAGGAGCAGAUUCACGACCAAUCCCAAGGGAUUCACAAUAUUCAAACCAACAAAAUUCAGAAAACACUCGUCACACUCAACGAAGGAGAAGCUCUCGAUGAGAUCUCCUACGAAGCCUCUCUCACCAAACCUCGUUUCGGAUAUCUCAGUCACAUGUCGAAGUUGGAUCUGUAAAGACCACGAACAUACAGCAGCCACCGCGCGCGAAUCCACCAUGACCAAGGAUUCGCGAAAGAUAUAA